GGGACUACCCAAAAAAAGAUGGCUUGUUGAUUACUCUACUAUCUACCUACCAGGACUUCCAUGCUUGAUUUAUCAGGGAUUUGGCUGACAAGAGUCAUGUUGAAUCGAUUCAUGUUGUUACCCAUGAAUGGCUGCCUGACAAGUCACUUAUCGCGGGGCAUAUACUUCUUCCUUACUCGCACCACAAAGUGAACGCAACUACCCAUAUUCUCAACGGAAUUCUGGCCAUGACUGCGGAGUGUCCUCUCCAAAAGCCAGGAAAAGAUGAUGGCAUACAGCAAGGUCUUUUUGACUCCACGUCCAGCUUGCCAUUCCCGCUUCCCAGACGGCCCCAGGACGCCAAAAAGCGUGGAUUGAUGCUAGUCUAUAUCCAUGGCCUCAAUGGAUCCGAAGCGAGUUUCUACAACUUUCCGGCCCAUGUGCAUAGCCUUUUGACCAGCAUUCUGCGCGAUACACAUGUUGUGUAUACCAAGAUAUAUCCGAGGUAUAAGUCUCGAGGCGAGAUGAAGAUAGCUCGAGAUAAUUUUAGCAAUUGGCUAUCCCCUCACGAAUCGGAUGAUCUGGACGUGAUACUACUUGGUCAUAGCCUUGGGGGGAUUCUAGCAGCAGAAGUCGCGCUCUUACCGGGGCCCUGUUCAUCGUCGACCGGCAGGCGUAAACAUCGCAUCCUCGGACUGGUUAACUUCGACGUUCCUUUCCUUGGCCUGCACCCAAGGAUUAUUAAGACAUCCAUUAGUGGCUUAUUCCAGAAAAGGGACCCUAUGGCCCAGGCCAAGCCAGACGAAGAACAAGUGUCGUCAGAAGUGGACAGUGAACCCCUUUCUCAAAUUGACGAUCCUUACUAUGACCCCCCCUUUACAAACGAUGUGCAUUUAAUUGAACGCGGUCGUAUACAUGGAAUCAUCCAUUUCCUUACCAAAAACGCCGACAACCUCUCGCGAUCAAUUCUUGAGCGAGUUGUCUCCUCGUAUGACUUUGCAGGCUGUUUGAAUAACUACAUCGAGCUUUUUCAACGAUAUCAACAGGUAAAGGCGUUGGAAGCUGCAGAGAACCACGAGUGCAGAGUUCGCUUCGUCAAUUACUACACCGCAAGCACCGGCUAUCUUACCACUCAAGCCGAGAAGUCAGAAGAGAGGCCAGGUAUUGAUAAGGUUCAAGAUGAGAAUGUUCAUAACCCAGAAUCGGUUUCACCAUACAGCCCUCGCGGGCAACAAGAUGAGAAAGACCCGCUGCAGUAUUCGUCAACGUCAACAGAUCUAUACCAAAUACCCGGGUCACAUUGUACCCAUACAGCUUGCAAGGCCUGUGCCCACGGGUGGGAGUGCCUGGCGUUGCGGACAGAUUCAUCGCGCCUUUCAUGCUCUAGCGAGUCUGACAAUGGCCAGUGUAAGUCCACUACUGAUGAGUAUUCAGAAAAAGCCCUUACCCACAAUUUCCAUGAAUCCCAACAUUAUUAUCGCAAAUUUUGCCUCUUGCCAUCACACACGCGGAAAAACAGGGACGAUUCUCUUUGGAUACCCAUAGAAAUGAGCAACAUGGAUGAAAUCGUUGCCCAUCAGUCUAUGUUUCUGCCACAUUCUGGCAAAUACGACCAGCUAGUUGGCGAUACUGUUUUCCAAAUCGAGCGCUGGGCACAGGAUGACCUUACCCAACGAGUGUUGCCCACUGUUGGUUAAUAUACUGCCCACUUGGCCUUGUACACCUUUGUUUCCACGGCAGAGCUUCUAAAUCAGUGUGCGCUUUUUCCUUGGCAGUUGUCGGCAUUUGUCGCUAGUUCUACG